GCCUGGUUUCUCUACCCCCUUCACGCAUCUACCUCGGAGCGCCCGUGCUGCCUUCCUCACCCAUCAUGUCCCGGCAAUCUACUGUCACCUUCCACUCCGGCAGCCGCAGGGGCUUCAGCACAGCCUCAGCCACCACCCCUACCGCUGGACGCUCCCGCUUCAGCUCGGUGUCCGUAGCCCGCUCCUCAGGAAACAGUGGGGGGCUGGGCAGGAUCAGUGGGAUUGGUUCUGGCUUUGGGAGCCGCAGCCUCUACAACCUGGGGGCUACCAGGCCGGUCUCUGUUGGUGGUUGUGCUGGCAGUGGCUUCAGGAGUGGCUUUGGUGGCAGGGCUAGCAGUAGCUUUGGUUAUGGAGGGGGUUUUGGUGGUCCUGGCUUCCCUGUCUGUCCCUCUGGAAGCAUUCAAGAAGUUACUGUCAACCAGAGCCUCCUGACUCCCCUCAACCUGCAAAUCGACCCCACCAUCCAGCGGGUGCGGAAAGAAGAGCGGGAACAGAUCAAGACCCUGAACAACAAGUUCGCCUCCUUCAUCGACAAGGUACGCUUCCUGGAGCAGCAGAACAAGGUCCUUGAGACCAAGUGGAACCUCCUACAGGAGCAGGGCUCCAGGACAGUCAGACAGAACCUGGAGCCUUUCUUCGAUGCCUACGUCAAUGACCUCCGCCGGCAGCUGGACAGCGUCACAGCUGAAAGGGGCAGACUGGAUGCUGAACUGAGGCACAUGCAGGAGGUCGUAGAAGACUUCAAAGUCAGGUAUGAAGACGAAAUUAACAAGCGUGCAGCUGCCGAGAACGAGUUCGUGGGCCUGAAAAAGGACGUAGAUGGGGCCUACAUGAACAAGGUGGAGCUGGAAGCGAAGGUUGACUCUCUGACUGACCAGAUCAACUUCUACCGGAUGGUCUAUGAGGCAGAGCUGUCUCAGAUGCAGAACCAGGUCAGCGACACCUCUGUGGUCCUCUCCAUGGACAACAACCGCAGCCUGGAUCUGGACAGCAUCAUCGCUGAGGUCAAGGCCCAGUAUGAGGACAUUGCCAACCGCAGCCGGGCAGAGGCUGAGUCCUGGUACCAGACCAAGUAUGAGGAGCUGCAGGUGACAGCAGGCCGGCACGGGGAUGACCUCCGCAACACCAAACAGGAGAUCUCGGAGAUGAACCGGAUGAUCCAGAGGCUGAGAUCUGAGAUUGAUGCCGUCAAGAAGCAGUGCUCCAGCCUGCAAACUGCUAUCUCUGACACGGAGCAGCGUGGGGAGCUGGCCCUCAAGGAUGCUCGGGCCAAACUGGUGGAGCUUGAAGACGCCCUGCAGAAGGCCAAGCAGGACAUGGCCCGGCUGCUGCGCGAGUACCAGGAGCUCAUGAACGUCAAACUGGCCCUGGAUGUGGAGAUCGCCACCUACAGGAAGCUGCUGGAGGGCGAGGAGUGCAGGCUGAGCGGAGAGGGAGUUUCCCCAGUGAACAUCUGUGAGUAUGACCCCUGUGGCCCGGGGCUGUCGUGGUCAGCUGUGGUCACUUCUACAGUUUCCAGUGGCUACGGCGGUGGCACCAACAUCGGAGGUGGAAGCCUGGGUCUUGGCGGGAACAGUGGCUACUCCUUCACGACCACUGGUGGGCACAGCCUGGGUACAGGUCUGGGAGGCUCUGGCUUUACCACCAGUAGCAGCCGGGGCCCAGUGGGCAGUGGCUCCAGCAUCAAGUUUGUCUCCAGCACGUCAUCCAGCAGGAAGAGUUACAAGCACUGAGGUGGUCAGCCGGCAGUCCCCCUUGCCACUGCUCCGAAGCCUCUCAUACAUUUAUAACUGGAUGUCUGGGCCCUUGUCCUGUAUCCUCUUCAUAGUAGCCACCUCCCCAGCUGCCAGGGAUCCUGGCAUCCCGGCUGAACCCAUUCCCUGGCCUAUGGCAGCCUCCCGACAGCCCUAGGCUGCUCCUGGUACUUCUUUGUGUUAGACACAUAGACCCAAAGCUCGCACCCCUCCAAAGUUCACAAUCAGUGGAUCUGCCAGAGCCGGACAUCUGCAAACGCCUCUUCAGUGCCACCGGCCCCUUUCCUCCAGGUGCAGCAGCACUGGAGGAGUCCGUGUCUCCCAGUCCACCUCAACACCAGGCUGUCUUGUCCCUCUCUGGCUGCUUACACACUGCCAGCUGGAGUCAAAGCUCCUCUGUUUCCUCCUGGAAUGCGCCUAUUAAAUCCAUGUGUCAUGUGUUUGGCUCAGCCCUCUGUGUGCAGCAUCGAUGAGCCCCAAGUAACUCUGACUCUCAGAAGGCCCCAGCCAGUGUUAUUCCACACAAGCAGUACUCAGGGCACAAUAGCUGCUGCCCAUUGCAGAGGGGCUGGAGGGAGGGGCAUGGAGAGGGAGAAGCACGGGGAUGGCGGCAGGCCAAUAGUCUUCCUCCUUUAGCGGCUCCUACUCCCCUUGCUAUUCUUUGGAAUGCUUGUUUGGGAAGUCCCAACCCCUGGGCAGAGCCCUGCCCAGCCAGCCUCCUGCCCAGUAUGUCAUGCAGGGUGGGGAGGUACCCUCCCCAAAUGAGCCUGACAUAGGACAGGUGGCCAAGGCCCUGGCCAGCAAAGGAGCUGAUUGUUCCCUGACAGCUUCAAACUUGCAGGACUGAACAGAGAAAUAACAGGGCGGGAGAGGAGUUAAAAGUCAGCCCCGAGGCCAAGGAGCAAAAGAACCAUAAUUGUUAAGACACAGAGACACCCAGGAAGCUCCUCAUUCCUGAGUUUACAGUCUCCUGGACCCCUCCCCUCAAGACCAAGGGGGAUGAUGGGACUAAUCGUGAGCAGGGUCCAGGUGUUUGAACAGGGUGGGCUUGUCACUUAAGAUUACUGACAGGAGCUGCCGAGCAGAACUGUGAAAACCACUCAUGCUCAGAAAGGAGAAGUUCUGUUAUAGGAGUCAGAGGAGAGGAAGGUGAAAUAGGAGACUGAAGUCUAGAAUGGUUAAGAGGGGAAUGAUUUCAGAGUAGACAGGAAAAACCCUGGGAAUAAUCGUCAAAUUCACUAGCUAAGACCGGGGAGGAAAGAGAAGAGGGCAGAGAUUUGGGGUAACCUCAUACUACUUAGGAAAGACCAGAGACCUCAUUAUCCCCUGCUAUGUGAAGUACAGAGAUUCUGGGCACACAGCCCAAUCAGCCACUGGGUUCUAGUAUUGUCUCCAGCAUUCCCUGGCCAUGUGACAUGGUUGCCAAUGAUUGCAGGUAAAAACCAAGGGCAAAAGCAGCCAAGAUUGGAAGGCAAACAGUUGGGGUUCAUCCCCCAUGAUACUGCUCAUAAAAAGGUUGGCAAUGCCCCAUCAUCUGUUUUCAUAAAGUUAAAAAAAAUAAAAUGUAAUGUUUGUGGUAGAUCU